CUUGCUAAUUCCUCUCUAAUUUUCUUCAUGGAUUUCUUAACCUUCUCUUACGUCCUCCUUUUUGUUGCAUUCAUGGCCAACCUUCUCCGGUGGCCGAGACAAAAGUCCAGAAUGCUGCCUCCAGGCCCACCACGAUGGCCCAUCGUCGGCAAUCUUCUCCAGCUGGGCCACCUCCCUCACAGAGACUUCGCUUCUCUCUGUGACAAAUAUGGGCCGCUAGUCUACCUCCGCCUCGGCAGCGUUGACGCCAUCACCACCAAUGAUCCCGACAUCAUCCGCGAGAUUCUCCAACGCCAAGAUGAGGUCUUCGCCUCCCGGCCACGCACUCUCGCGGCGGUGUAUCUCGCUUACGGCUGCGGAGAUGUAGCGUUGGCCCCAUUAGGCCCAAACUGGAAGAGAAUGAGAAGAAUCUGCAUGGAACAACUAUUAACAACAAAGAGACUGGACUCGUUUGCGAAACACCGGGCCGAGGAAGCCCAACAUUUGGUGAGAGACGUAUGGGCCUUGGCCCAAGCCCAGGGCCAGAAUGGAAAAGCAGUGAAUUUGAGAGAAGUGUUGGGUUCAUUUUCAAUGAAUAAUGUGACUAGAAUGUUGCUUGGUAAGCAAUUUUUUGGAGCUAAAUCAGCGGGUCCGCAAGAGGCGAUGGAGUUCAUGAAUGUGACACAUGAAUUGUUUAGGCUAUUGGGUGUGAUUUAUUUGGGGGAUUAUUUGCCAUUUUGGAGGUGGGUUGAUCCUUCUGGGAUUGAGAAGAAAAUGAGGGAUGUGGAGAAGAGAGUGGAUGAUUUUCACUCUAGAAUUAUUGAAGAGCAUAAGAAUGCAAGAAAAUUUAAGGAUGUUGGAGAUGGGGAGAUGGAUUUUGUUGAUGUUUUGUUGUCUUUGCCUGGUUUAGAUGGGGAAGAGCACAUGCAUGAUGUAGAGAUUAAAGCUUUAAUUCAGGAUAUGAUAGCUGCAGCAACAGAUACUUCGGCUGUGACCAACGAAUGGGCAAUGGCAGAGGUGAUCAAGCAUCCACGUGUCCUUCGAAAAAUACAAGAAGAGCUUGAUUCAGUAGUGGGUCCAAAUAGAAUGGUGAUCGAGUCAGAUUUAACUCACCUCAAUUACCUACGGUGUGUUGUACGUGAAACCUUCCGCAUGCACCCAGCUGGCCCCUUUCUAAUCCCACAUGAAUCUGUACACAACACUACAAUCAACGGCUAUCAAAUCCCAGCAAAAACCCGAAUCUUCAUCAACACUCAUGGGCUGGGCCGAAACACGAAAGUAUGGUCCGACGUGGAGGAGUUUCGGCCCGAAAGACAUUGGCUUGAAGACGGAAGCCGAGUGGAGAUUAGCCACGGAGCUGACUUCAAAAUAUUGCCUUUCAGUGCGGGGAAGAGGAAGUGCCCUGGCGCGCCGCUUGGAGUGACGCUGGUGCUCAUGGCUUUGGCUCGGCUGUUUCAUGCGUUUGAUUGGUCUCCACCGAAUGGGCUAAGACAUGAAGAUAUCGAGACAACUGAAGUUUAUGGCAUGACUAUGCCUAAAGCCAAGCCCUUAUUUGCUAGGGCUAGCCCACGUUUGGCCCCACAUUUGUAUCACUAAUUCAUGAUGAUUUGCUUUUCAUUUCUUUCUGAUUCAAAUAAAUGAUUUGCAAUUAGAAAGAUAA